UUAGGGGCGGGGUCCGCCGGCGGCGCGGGGGCGGGGCCUUGCUGACGCACUCACGUCCAGGCGCUGCAGCCCAGAGCUGGGGAGACUGCGGGUUGGGUCUACCGCGACUGCCUUGGUAGUGGCCCCGCUGGCGGCUGGAGGUUGGACAGAAAGCCAGGUCCUCAGUUGAUGUACUGUCUGGCGCCAUGGGGGAACUUUUCCGGAGUGAGGAGAUGACGCUGGCGCAGCUUUUUCUACAGUCAGAAGCGGCUUAUUGUUGCGUCAGUGAACUAGGAGAACUCGGGAAGGUUCAGUUUCGUGAUUUAAAUCCAGAUGUGAAUGUCUUCCAGCGCAAAUUCGUGAAUGAAGUCAGAAGAUGUGAAGAAAUGGAUCGAAAGCUUCGAUUUGUGGAGAAAGAGAUAAGAAAAGCUAAUAUUCCAAUUAUGGACACUGGCGAAAAUCCAGAGGUGCCCUUCCCCCGCGACAUGAUUGACUUAGAGGCUAAUUUUGAGAAGAUUGAAAAUGAACUGAAGGAAAUCAACACAAACCAGGAAGCUCUGAAGAGAAACUUCCUGGAACUGACUGAAUUAAAAUUUAUCCUUCGCAAAACUCAGCAGUUUUUUGACGAGGCUGAAUUGCAUCAUCAGCAGAUGGCGGAUCCAGACCUGUUGGAAGAGUCCUCGUCCCUGCUGGAGCCAAGUGAGAUGGGCAGAGGCACGCCUUUAAGGCUCGGCUUCGUGGCUGGUGUGAUUAACCGGGAGCGCAUCCCUACCUUCGAGCGCAUGCUCUGGCGGGUGUGCCGGGGGAAUGUGUUCCUGCGGCAGGCCGAGAUCGAGAACCCCCUGGAGGACCCCGUGACUGGCGACUACGUGCACAAGUCGGUGUUCAUCAUCUUCUUCCAAGGCGAUCAGCUGAAAAACAGAGUCAAGAAAAUCUGCGAAGGGUUCCGGGCCUCCCUCUAUCCCUGCCCCGAGACGCCCCAGGAGAGGAAGGAAAUGGCUUCUGGAGUUAAUACCAGGAUUGAUGAUCUGCAAAUGGUGCUGAAUCAAACAGAGGACCACCGCCAGAGGGUUCUGCAGGCGGCUGCCAAGAACAUCCGAGUCUGGUUCAUCAAAGUGCGGAAGAUGAAGGCCAUCUACCACACGCUGAACAUGUGCAACAUAGACGUGACUCAGAAGUGUCUGAUUGCAGAGGUCUGGUGCCCUGUCACCGACCUCGACUCUAUCCAGUUCGCGCUCCGAAGGGGCACGGAACACAGCGGCUCCACCGUGCCCUCCAUUCUGAACAGGAUGCAGACAAACCAGACCCCCCCCACCUACAACAAAACCAACAAGUUCACGGACGGCUUUCAGAACAUCGUGGAUGCCUACGGGAUUGGAACGUACCGAGAGAUAAAUCCAGCUCCGUACACCAUCAUCACUUUCCCCUUCCUGUUUGCCGUGAUGUUUGGGGACUUCGGCCACGGCAUUCUGAUGACCCUUUUCGCUGUAUGGAUGGUGUUAAGGGAGAGCCGGAUCCUCUCCCAGAAGAAUGAGAAUGAGAUGUUCAGCACCGUGUUCAGCGGACGGUACAUCAUCCUUCUGAUGGGCGUGUUCUCCAUCUACACCGGCCUCAUCUACAACGACUGCUUUUCCAAGUCCCUCAACAUCUUCGGAUCGUCCUGGAGCGUACGGCCUAUGUUUGUAUCUAAUUGGACGGAAGAGACGCUUCGGGGGAACCCCGUGCUGCAGCUGAACCCGACUGUCCCUGGAGUUUUUGGCGGGCCAUACCCUUUUGGCAUCGAUCCGAUUUGGAACAUCGCCAACAACAAGCUGACCUUCCUCAACUCCUUCAAGAUGAAGAUGUCUGUUAUCCUUGGCAUCGUCCACAUGUCGUUUGGGGUCAGCCUGAGCCUCUUCAACCACAUCUAUUUCAGGAAGCCCCUGAAUAUCUACUUCGGAUUUAUCCCCGAAAUAAUCUUCAUGACCUCUUUGUUCGGCUACUUGGUCAUCCUUAUCUUUUACAAGUGGACGGCCUAUGACGCUCACACGUCGGAGAAGGCACCGAGCCUCCUGAUCCAUUUCAUAAACAUGUUUCUCUUUUCCUACGAGGACAUGGAAGAAUCAAUGCUGUACUCCGGACAGAAAGGAAUUCAGUGUUUCCUGGUCGUGGUCGCCUUGCUCUGCGUGCCGUGGAUGCUGCUGUUUAAGCCGCUGAUCCUUCGCCACCAAUAUUUGCGGAGGAAGCAUUUGGGAACUCUCAACUUUGGUGGGAUCAGGGUGGGCAACGGACCGACAGAGGAGGAUGCUGAGAUUAUUCAGCAUGACCAGCUCUCCACCCAUUCGGAAGAUGCGGAAGAGCCUACCGAGGAUGAAGGGUUCGACUUCGGAGACACCAUGGUGCACCAGGCCAUCCACACCAUCGAGUUCUGCCUGGGCUGCAUCUCCAACACCGCCUCCUACCUGCGGCUCUGGGCGCUCAGCCUCGCUCAUGCGCAGCUGUCCGAGGUGCUCUGGACCAUGGUGAUCCACACCGGCCUGCGGGUGAAGAGCCUGGCAGGGAGCCUGGCGCUGUUCUUCAUCUUCGCCGCCUUUGCCACCCUGACUGUGGCCAUCCUCCUGAUCAUGGAGGGCCUCUCCGCCUUCCUGCACGCGCUGCGGCUGCACUGGGUCGAGUUCCAGAAUAAGUUCUACAGCGGGACCGGAUUCAAGUUCCUGCCCUUCUCCUUCGAGCACAUUCGGGAAGGGAAGUCUGACGAGUGAGCCCCUUGUGGGGCCGUGCGCCUGCUGCCCUCCCCCAUUCCCUCUGUGGUGAUUAGCUGUGCCCCUCUUGCGUGUUGGUUGUGAUCCCUGGACUUGGGGGCAUUCGUGUCAUCCUUGCCACCCACCCCCAGCCACCUGCGAGUCAUCUAGACAGACUCAGCCCCCCCCUCGGGUCCCCUGCCACCUCAGCUUGGUGUGUGGAAGUGUAGUGGUUUUCUAGAGAAGCUGGGCUCUGGCCGUCACACCACCGGGCACCGCCAGCCUUGCCCCCGCCCCCACCCCUCAUUCUGCACCCAAAGGCAGCUCCUCUCUGCCCCCUGGUGGUGCAUUGACACAGGAGCUCGCAGCCCAGCGCGGUGGGGAGGGCCUUCCCCACCCUCACCUAGACUCGGAGCUUCUGCUCCUGCCAUUCUAGCUCUGGCUGUGGUGGGGGUGCUCCUUAACACCCUGCCCCUGGGGGUGCUGGCGCAGGUCCCCGAGGAUGGUGUUUCUGUCCUCCGCCUCCCACCUCCGGUCUUCAGAGCACUUGGUAAUCAGGAAUCCAGCUGGACCCCACUGUGCCAUCGUGCAUGGCUUCCCUCGUCACCCCCAAGGGUCUCAGGGCACCCCACACCACCUUCCUAACCUCCACUCUAUACUCGCACCCUCUCCUCCUUCCUCCCAGAAUCCCCUUCUUUCCCUUCCCCAUGUGGACCCUGCUUAAGAGUGCAGCUGGGAGUGACCCAAGACCGAGGUCCCGGGGAGCUGGUGCCCGGGGCCCUGGGUGGGCCCCGCCACAGCACACCCUCCGGGCAGAGGGUUUAAAUGGCCCCUCUUCCUGGCACAGACCCUGAGGCUGCUCCCCACCCCCCAAUCAUGAGUCUCGAGUGAAGGACUAGUCCACAGGGGCGGCUCUCUGGCAGGCCAGCCUCGCUCUGCCCACCGGUGCCCUUGCCCGCUUCCACCGUGAGCCCAAGUUUGGGGAGUGAGGUCCCGGGCCGAGAAGGCCACUGUCAUCUGCAGUUCGCUGACGGAGGCUGUGAAAGCUGCGUGGCCCUGCCUGUGAACUGGUGGUGAGCACCCCCACACCAGCUGUGGGUCUUGGGGCCUUUUAAGCAUGCGUUGACCCGGCAGCCCUGGCUGCGUCAGCUAAAUUGACCCAGUCCCUUUCAGCCCCGAGAUAACCCCCUGGGCCGGCCAGGCCCUGUCCUCUUCCCACCCCGACUUUACUGGGUGAGCUGCUCGCUCAGCUCCCCGGGGCGGGGCUGGCCCUGGGUGCAGCCGCCCGCCCCAGGCGCCCUGGGCUGGCCAGUGUGACCUGAGCUUGUGCGGAGCCCCCUCCCCCGUGCCCUGCCCGCGGUGGUUUACAUGGUGAUCUUUGUUCUGUUUACAGUGGGGCUUGAAGCGGAGUUCUGUGUCAGGAACCCGGCCCAAGGCCCCUCUGUUCAGACAUUCCUGUGCUGAAUAAAGUGUGUUUGACCCUGA